AUGGCCAUCGAGGAGUACAUCGGGUACAUGUCGCGCGGCGGCCGGGGACCCGGAGGCGACGAGCUGCGGCGGAAGGCAAAGGAGCACCUCCUGUCGUCCGGGUGGACCUUCCACAUGAAGCGCAAGUACGACGGCCGCCAGGAGCUCCGCUACAUGGCGCCGCACGGCGCGUCCUACAUCUCCCUCAUCGUCGCCUGCAAGAAGUACCAGCAGUUCAGCUGCAGCAGCACGGGCCGCCGCCCGCCUCGGCCGAACCGUUCCGGCAAGGGCGCCGCGGCUUCUCCAGUGAAAUCUACCGGGAAGAAGAGGGGCAGGGCGGUGAAUGGAGGGGGCAAGGAGGCUGACCUUAACGCCGGCAGCGACGAGGAGUGCUCUACAGCAGCAGCCGGCGGCCCGCCGUCCGCCCCGAGGACCAAGAAGAGGAGGAGGGUGUCCGCGCUCUACGCCGGCGACGCGCUCAGGAAAUCCGCCGCAGCCAAGAAGAAGAAGGCGUCCGCGUCGGCAUCUCCGGCGGCGUCGCGCGUGCUGCAGCCGAGGCCGAAAGACGGCGGCAAGACCCAGGUGGCGGCGGCUGCGCUGGUGCCGUCAGUGUGCCAGCCGAGCCGCGCGAGGACGAUCCUCGCGGUGCUCGUGGAGAAGAACAUCCUACGGCCGGCGGCCAAGCUGUCCUACAGGCGCACGACGCGCGGGCCUGCGGUCAAGCAAGGCACGGUAACCGGCGACGGGCACAUCCGGUGCCUGUGCGGCUGCGGCCGCACAGCGUUCACCGUGGCGGAGUUCGCGGCGCACGCCAACGGAGCCGCCACUGCCGAGCGGGCGUCAGCUCGCUUAUUCGUCGGCGACCGCAGGUCGCUGUCGCAGUGCCUGGUCCAGCUCAUGCGCGCCGACGGCAGGAAGAACAGAGGCUCGCCGGCGCCGUCGCCGUCGCCGGGCGCGAGGGUGAAGCGGAAAUGCACAGCUGAGCAGGAGGAUGGUGACGGGGUGUGCUCCGUCUGCGCCGACGGCGGCGAGAUGCUGCUCUGCGACUGCUGCCCGUCGGCGUUCCACCACGGCUGCGUCGGCCUGGAUGCCACCCCGCAGGGGGAAUGGUUCUGCCCGCCCUGCAGGUGCGCCAUUUGCGACUCUGGCGAGUUCGAGCCCGCCCCCGACGAGUUCACCGACAAGACAGUGAUCUGCUGCGACCAGUGCGAACGAGAGUAUCACGUCAGCUGCAUCAGGAGCAGAGGUGACCAGCUCGAGUGCUGCCCACAAGGGCCAUGGCUCUGCAGCCAGGACUGUUCAAACAUAUUCCGGCGUCUGCAAGGGCUCGUUGGCAGAUCGAUCCCUACCUCAGUGGAGGGCCUGUCGUUCACACUCUUCAGAUCAUCCAAGCUCCCCGAGGAGGAGGCCAUGGCCGCCGAAGAGCACGGGAAGCUGCGUAUGGCGUUCGACGUGCUCCACGAGUGCUUCGUCACCCUCAUCGAGCCGCAGACGCAGAGCGACCUCAGCCACGACAUCGUCUUCAACAGAGAAUCGUGGCUGAGGCGGCUGAAUUUCCGGGGAUUCUACGUGGUGGGCAUCGAGAAAGGCGGCGAGCUGAUAACCGUGGGCACUCUGAGAGUGUAUGGCGACAAGGUUGCAGAGCUGCCGCUUGUUGGGACCCGGUUCGCGCAUCGCCGUCAAGGAAUGUGCCACCUUCUGAUGAACAAUCUCGAGAAGUUGCUUGGUGAGUUGGGGGUGGAGAGGCUUGUGCUGCCGGCAGUGCCUGAGCUUCUGCAGACGUGGACGGAAUCCUUUGGCUUUCAAGUGAUGAGCCAGUCUAACAAGCUAGAGAUUGCAGAGCACACCAUCCUGUGCUUUCAAGGAACCACAAUGUGCCACAAGUUCAUCAACAAGGCGGUGGCCCCACGAAGAUGAAACAUCCUUCUUCCCUGUAGAAAUCAAGCAGACAAGUUCAGGGUUGAGAUGGCAGUAUUGAGAUUUCAUUGGUCAUUCUGCUCAUAUUUGUGAGGGUAAACUGUAUGCACGAGUGGCUGAACAUUUGUUUGGUACUGUAUGCACGAUGAUUCCAUUGAUGAUGUAGGAUGUUAAUAAAAAUGGAAAAGUAUAUUUUGUUU